AUGGGCGAUACGAGCAUGGUGCUGGAGCGCGCAUCGCAAGAUUUGAUGAAACUAGAACUCGCUGGUAUCAUCACACCGCAGGAACGUAAGCAUAUAUUUUCAACGCGCUCCAAACAUGAGAAUUCGCUGGCACGGCAGCGUGGUUCCAGUGAACGCGCUUUUCUUGCAUACAGUUCGUAUGAGCUCGCUCUUGAGACUACGCUGCGGCUACGAAUGAGAAAGAGCCGACAUCACGCUCUCGCAUCGACAGUCCAACAGCACGUACGCCGAGUCCUGGGUCGCGCUGUUCGUCAAAAUACUUCGAGCCUUCAUCUCUGGUACGUAUUUGUACAGUACUGCGAGAAGCAUGGUAGCAACAAAUUAUUAUCUCGUGUGCUUGCGAAAGCGCUGAGAUAUCACACCGACAGCGUUGGACUUUGGUUGUAUGCCGCAACCUUCGAGUUUCAGAAAAACCUCAAUGUGAAUGCUGCUCGAGCUAUCUUGCAACGUGCGCUGCGAAACUGCGCCGAAAAAGGCGACAUCUGGUUAGCUUACUUCAAGAUGGAAAUUAUGUAUGCGAACGUCAUCAAGUCUCGGAAAGCGGCGCUACUAUCCCAAAGUUUGACCGAAGCGACUGAGAGUAGCAAGGGUGGGAUCCAACUGAAGGUUGAAGAUGGCGCGAUUGCAUUUCUGGUCUUUCACAAGGGCGCGUCUCAACAAGAACGAGAUUCAAACUUGUGCCUGAGGAUGCUCUGUGCUGCCAUGGGCCUACAUCACGCUAGUACACUAAUCGAGCGCAUGCUCGCAUCACGCAUAGCAUACGAGCAAGAGACAGCUACGGUAGCAAAUUUUAUUCUUCAUAAGAAACGAACUCGUGCUACUUAUCGCAGCUUGCAUAAGUUGCUUAGUACGCGCGACGUAUCAGCGCACAUGGUGAACCAACUUCAUGCCCUCCGGCGGACCCUGGAAGAAUCUGAACUCAGCACCAGUACCUGGAGUAAAUUAUCUUUCCUAUUAAAACGUGUCCAUUAUUCGGUGGAAGAAAAAGCCUUGCAAAUGUUGAACAAGGCGCUCGUACUGCAUUCGCUUGGUGUGGACACAAGAUUUUCAAAGAGGCAGGGCGCACACGCAAUGAUAACAUGUUUCAACUUUGAAGAACACGAAUUUCUACAAAAAGGGCACUUUUUCAGUGCCCGAAUGUAUUGA